AUGUCUGGUGAGGAACGUCACCAGGGAAAAGGAGAAAAGGGACCGAUGGACCAUGACGAGCCGCCGUCGUACCGUACACGUGUGGAGGCGUCUGUGGAGUUGAUGGCGUUGCGCGUCAAACCCGUCCAUCUCCUCGGGGAGGUGCUGAAGGCGUUGCGUGGCUGCCUAUACGACAUGCGAGGGGUGCGCAAUGUGAUGGACGCCCCGCAGCCCACCUCGGACCCCGGCGAGGCACACAAACUGCUGCUGCUGGACCCACAAGUAAUUCCUCCCCCAUCGCCUGCUGCAAAGAACGCCUCGACGGCACCAACACAACCCCUUUGGGUGGAGGCGAACCACGCGUCGGUGCCGCCUGUCGUGCGGGAGCGACUGCAGUCAUUCCUGCUGGGCAAACGGUCCGUCGCGCAGAGUCUUCGUGUGGCGGUGGCCCAACACAUUGUGCGACUGAGCCACAGAAACUUCACGAUGCCGGAGCUUCUGCAGCGUAUUCUUCCGCCGGGGACAAUUCCGCUAAGCGGCUUUGAGCAGGUGGGCCACAUAGCGCACGUCAACCUCUCUGCCGCCCACCUGCCGUAUCGCGCGGACAUUGGCGCCGUCAUUUUGGACUGCAACCCCACCGUGCGUGUCGUUGUGAACAAAGUGGACAACAUCGCAAGCGUGUUUCGCGAGUUCAAGAUGGAAGUCAUUGCGAGGCGCACCACCCACUCCGACAUGAAGGGAAGUCCGGCGGAAGAAAAUAGUGGAGACGAGGAGAAACUGCACCGCCUUCUGUUGGCGACUGUACGACAACAUGGCUGCAUCUUUCGCGUUCCGUACGAUCGCGUUUAUUGGAACUCGCGACUUAGCCACGAGCACGCGCGGGUUGUUGGCAUGAUGCAGAGCGGGGAUAUGCUUUAUGACGCCAUGGCGGGUGUUGGGCCCUUCGCCAUACCCGCUGCCGUGGCCGGCGUUAAAACUUACGCGAAUGAUCUGAACCCCGUUGCAGCGGAGUAUCUGCGCAUCAAUGCGGAGCUCAAUCACAUCAACAAAGAUACAUUUCAUGUAUUCAACAUGGACGGCCGUGAGUUCCUGAAUACAGUUCUCUACCGUGACGUAGUGAGUGGGGCGGCGGUGUGUGGACGACGCCACGUGACGAUGAAUCUUCCAGCCAUGGCGGUGGAGUUUUUGGAUGUAUUCACUAAGCCGCCCUGGUCACAACCGCUGGUGUCGUUAUCAUUAUUGGAGGAGAAGGAGAAGGCUAAAGAAGGCAAAGAAAAAGAGGAACAUGUGGAGAUGCAUCCAGACAAGCGAGUGCUCUUUCAUGUUUACUGCUUUUCAAAGAAUAUGGAUGAUUUUUUGGGUGAUGCCGUCAAGCAGGUGGAGCGGUGGUUGGCCUUCAGCUUGGCGGGGGAAAACCUGGAGGCAGUGCACAUGGUGCGGGAUGUGGCGCCGUUGAAGCGCAUGGUUUGUGUGAGUUUUACUCUUCCGGAGGCAUUUUGGCUCCACCGUGAGGCCAAAGGGAUGUCACCACUCAAGCGAGCCCGCAGUGAUUGA